AGAUUAAAAUCCUUCUUCUUCUUCUUCCCCAAAAAAAAAAACCCUAAUUUCUAGAUCCAUCUCUAAGAAACUCUCGUCGUUCCUCUUAAACAUGGCUUCGAAGCUCCCGAUGCAAAACAUCGACAACGCCAAUGUUGCGAAGGCUCCGGCAUCAUCGCUAGCUUCCGCUGGGAAUACAAUUGAGCAUAUCCUACUUUGUCCUGAUUCUUAUAUAGGAUCGAUUGAGAAACAUACCCAAACGCUUUGGGUUUAUGAGAAGGAAGAGAUGGUUUGUCGUUCUGUUACUUAUGUUCCUGGAUUGUAUAAGAUCUUUGAUGAGAUCCUUGUGAAUGCUGCUGAUAAUAAACGGAGAGAUCCGUCUAUGGAUUCUGUCAAAGUUGUGAUCGAUGUUGAGAAGAAUCAGAUUAGUGUGUGUAACAGUGGUGAUGGAGUUCCUCUUGAAGAAGGUGUUUUUGUGCCUGGGAUUUUUUUUGGUCAUUGGUUGAGGAGGAAUUACGAUAAUAAUGUUAAGAAGACUACUGGUAGAAGAAACGGAUUUGGUGCUACGCUUACAAACAUCUUCUCUACUGAAUUCAUUAUAGAGAUUGCAGAUGGGAAGAGAUCACUCAAGAAGUAUAAGCAGGUCUUUGAAAACAAUAUGGGGAACAUGUCUAAACUAUUUAUAACCAAGUGCAAUAAGGGUGAGAAUUGGACGAAGGUUACAUUCAAGCCUGAUUUGAAGAAGUUUAACAUGACUGAAUUGGAGAACGAUGUGGUUGCUCUAAUGAGUAAGCGAGUGUUUGAUAUUGCUGGCUGUUUGGGACAGACUGUCAAAGUUGACCUGAAUGGAAAACGAGUACCAAUUAAGUCAUUCAGUGAUUAUGUUGAUCUCUACUUAAGUGCCGCCAGUAAAUCAAGGACUGAGCCUCUCCCAAGGAUGAAUGAGAAAGUUAAUGAUAGAUGGGAAGUUUGUGUGAGCUUAAGUGAUGGACGGUUUCAACAGGUUAGCUUUGUCAACUCCAUUGCGACAAUUAAGGGUGGUACGCAUGUUGAUUAUGUGACCAGCCAGGUCACAGAGUACAUUGUGGGUAUUGUGAACAAAAAGAAGAAAUACCCUAAUGUCAAGACUCAUAAUGUGAAGAACCAUCUGUGGGUCUUUGUCAAUGCUCUGAUUGACAAUCCUGCGUUUGAUUCUCAAACAAAAGAAACACUGACUCUUCCAGAGAGAAGUUUCGGGUCGAAAUGUCAACUUUCAGAAAAUAUCCUUCAGAAAGUGGCCAAAUCUGGCGUGGUGGAAAACUUGCUUUCGAACUAUGAGCCUGGCACUCAUAUUUUUCCAUCGAUGGUUGAUGACCUCACGCUUGAAUACUAUGAGAAGAAAAAGGAAACUAUGCUGAAGAAUCAGGAAAUUAUGCUGAAGAAUCGGGAACUUGAGCUGCUGAAACUAGAGAUAGCUAAUGAUCAGAAGUUGAGAGAAAAAUGGUUCACAGAAAUCCUGGAAAAUGCCAAGCCUGUCGAAGCAGCAGUUGCUGGAGCAACUAAUGCAGCUGAAAGCUCAUACUAUAAUUACCUAUUGCAAUUGUCUGUUUUGAUUACAGAUACAGUACAAGAGGUAAGGGCACAGAGAGAUCAAAUGAUGGAUGCAGUUGAAGACUUGAAAAACGCCACACCGGAAUCCCUCAGGCUCAAAGAACUAGAGGAACUUGAUAAGCAAGAUGCUCAACCCGAUGAAGAGAGACAGGCGCCAAAGAAACCGGCACCAAAGAAAGCCAGUGAAUCUGUAACAAAAGAGGCUUCAAAUUCAGCAAUGGACACAGAAACAACUGAAACAGCGAAAGAAAUUUCUCUGGAUGACGAUGAUGACGACGUGGUAGUGUCCCCGGAGAAGAAAGUGAGGAAGCUGAGAUCGUCUCCGUUUAACAAGAAGAGUAGUUCAGUGAUGAGCAGGUUGGCUAAUAAGGAAGAGGAGAGCAGCGAGAAUGCAGCUGGAAACUCAUCGUCAGAGAAAUCUGGAGAUGUUUUUGCGAAUAGGGGGUAUGUGUGGUGGAGUGAUUCGGAGAGUGAAUCUGGGAAUGAGUCUGAGUUUGAUGACAUUGAAGACGAUCAAGAUGAUGAGUAGAGUUAGAGAGAACUAACUCGGUUGUUGAUAAUGAUUCAACUUAAUUUCAAACUUUAGUUUCUCCCUCUCGUCUUCUUUAGAGUUUGGUGUUAUUAUUCUGAUGAAAGACUUAUUUUCUCUAAGGAUUGGCACAAAACUCUGUUUUCUCUAUUGAUUAUGCAUUUAGUUUCAUUAAUCA